CUGAUCAUUGAAAAACAAAAGAGCAACAUUGACAUGGAUUUGAUAUAAGAUCACAACAUUUAGUCAAACUAAAUAUGUAUAGCAGGAUAAAUAGUGUCAAACAUUUAUUUUAUUGAAUAUGUAGGCUGUCAGUUUCACUACAUGUAGUUAAAAGGCACAUACCUCUUCAUUACUGGAAUGCACACAGAGAAAAAAAAACAGGUAAACAGGUAGAGUGAGUAAGACAGUGAUGUCACAUAGCGUACUGUAUAAGGAAAAGAAGUCUCAACACUAAGAUCCAGUAAACAGAUGGAUAUUCCUUCAUAUCCGGCUGCUAUUGAUACCACCCCCCCACCCCCCUCCUACAAUGAGAUCGAUGGGCCAGGUCUUUAUCCCCCCUCUCCACCACCCUUAUACACAGAGGCCAUAUCACUACCUAUCUACAAGGAGACGAGUUCUGCACCUGCAGACACAUUUCAGCAGUUUCCAAGAACAGCUGAAGCAAACCAAUUUCCAGUCCUCAAUAUGCCCAGAAUUGAGAUGGUCAACUAUAGUGAGCAAGUGUCCAUACACCAGAUGGUGAGGAAUGAAGCUCCUCAGGUGAUUGUGGUUCAGCCACAGCACUUUGCUGUUGCAUUGGGUGACAUACCCACAGCGACUGUUUGUCAAUACUGUCAAAAAAACAUCCUGACUGUUGUUAAAUAUAAACCUGGUUGGUCUGCAUGGUGCAUGUGCGUCCUAAUAUCUCUACUUGGGCUCAUUUGUGGAUUUUGCCUCAUCCCUUUCUGUGUCAGGGGCUUCCAAGAUGCCCAUCAUUCCUGUCCUCAAUGCCACAAGCACUUAGGAAUAUAUACACGGAAAUGAACAAAUACGUCUAUUAUGUACCUGUUACAAGCCUCUAACACAAUCUGUAUUACAAUCAUUAUAUACACAUUUUAUGAAAAAUAUCUAGCUACCACCACUAUAAAAGAUCACAGUUUGUAGCCAAAAAGUUAAAUGAACACUGCUGCGUAUAUGGCUCUAUACAAAGUGUUAAAAAGUAACCCUGAAGCAGUUUUAAAGCUGCAGUCUGUAACUUUUUCCUCUCUAUCACCACCUCUGUUUGAAACCUAAAAUUUCAACUUGCUUGGAGAGUUAUUUUCUAAACAUGAAUAUUGAGUUUAACCUCUUAACUACUGCUUUCAGAACAAGAAGAAAAGUGCUUAACUAUUCCAGCACCCACACGCAUGAUUUAGUAGACAAACCUUCCUUCUUUCUGUCAAUUUGACAUUAUCACAAAAUGUAUCUUCUAAGAAAAUGCAAACAUGAAAGGGAAUAUAUUAAAGAGAUAUUCUUUUCAUAAGAUUCGCAUAAGGCUUCUUUGCUCAUAUUUACUAAUGAGGGGUAAUUUUGACCAGUACUGUAUGUGUAUCACAAUGGUUUGCAAUAAAUGAACAAUAUUAAUGCUGAUAAAAUCUAAUAGUCAAAACUUCAAAUAGUCAAAGUUGCAGGGCAGUGCAGAUAGCAGAGAGAUUUUUCAAAGGGAAUGUGUCACUUUUUUUCCCAUAGAAAAUGUGAAACAUGUCGGUUAUAUAGUUUUCCUUUUUUUUAAAUAUAACAUUAGUAUUAGUGAUAUUAAAUAGUUAUUGUAAUUUUAAGCUUUUAUUGUAAUCUUCUUUUAUUGUUAAGCGUAUCUCAGUGUUUUGAUAUAUUGUAGUGUAGUGUUGUGUAAUGAUCAAAUGACAUGCAGAUAAAAUGAAUAAAUCUUUU